AUGAAUGGUGAACAGUUACAAGAUUUUCUCACCGAUUUAUCGAAAACUAAAAUUCGUCUUGGUAACCGAGACGACGUCGAAGUUACGAAGAAAUUCUUGGUCGAAUGGGCGCAAAACACUAUGCUUUGCGCCAAUUAUAUAACUGUUAACUGUAGCCAGAAAUACGCUUUCUAUGGAAUUGGUUGUUCUUUCGGUCUACUUGCGUCUUUGAUUAUCAUUGAAUUUGUCCUAUACAGAUUUGCUCCAAAGAAAUUGAUAGGUUUACCAAUCCUUGUUGGUGGAUGGUCACUAGCGAUGUACAUGUUGCAUCUUACUUGGAAAAAUUUCGCAUCGCUCGCAGCACAGUAUCAAAAAUACUCUGUUGCAUAUGUUGUCCAAGAAGUUUCAGUGGGAGUCAUCACUCUCCUGGUCUUGCAUCAGUUUACAAGAUCUUGGCUAGGUUCAUUUCUGCGAGGCAUUGGUGCAGUUGCUGGGUACUUUUGGAAGAAGCUGUUUCCACCAAGGCGACGUCUACUGACAAGAGAAGAAUAUGAAAAAGAGGGAAUAGAGACUACAAAGCGAGAAUUAGAAAAAUUACAACACUACUGUCCCAGUCCUGAUGCCGAUGUGUGGAAAAUCACUAGUGCCAGAAAUAUUUUUCACUCUUGAGUCCGCAACCAGAUUUACCACUUUGAGGCAGCCAUUGUUCCACUCUCUUUGGCAGGACAGUGCACCUACUCGGAUUCGAGCGCCGGCUUGACUGAUGAUGAACAAAUCGCAUCGCUAAAGGUUGUAAACGACCAUCGUGAAAAAUUAGCCAAAGGCGAACAGCAGAAUGGAGUGAUAGGUGAAGAAUAUGAAGAUCGUACCCCUGGAGACCCUCUACCAGCAGCGAAGCAGAUUGAUCCCGUGACAUGGAGCUGUAAUUUAGAGGAAGAAGCAAGAGACGCAGUGAGUACAUGUCCAUACCCUAACGGCCCUGAAAUAACUGGAAAGUUCGGAUUUUUAAGCUCCAAUUAUGAAAGUGGACCCGAGUACCAGUUAGAUGGCAUACUAAAAGGACGGCUUGACACUAUUAACUAUGUCGCGAUCAGCACUUCCGCUAUUGGAGAAUUAGAAGUUAAAUUCGACGGCAAUAAAAGAUUAGAAACUUACGCAAAUUUUAUGCGCGAAGAUGUAAACGAGAUUGGAUGUGCUGAGGCGGUAUGCAAUCUUGUCGGUCAUACAAAAAACCGCACCGUGAUUUACUGUUUCACCAACCAAGAGUGA